UGCCAGCCUCUCUUCCUCCUCGACUCCUACUCCUAGCACCAACCUCUAGCUAGAUAGAGCUAGCCUUGGCGAUGGCGUCCUCCAAGCCCCUGGCAGUCCUGCUGCUCGUGGUCGUGGCUCUGUGCGCGACGGCCAUGACCGCCGCCGGACAAGGCUCCUGCAACGGCCACAAGGUGACGGUGCGGAACCUGUGCAGCCACGACCUGACCCUGGGCAUCGAGGCGCGCUCCAACAGCAAGGCGCUCUUCCCCAACGGGUAUCUGCUCCCCAGCGGGAAGCAUGAGUCGUUCGACGUGUGCGCGUGGACGGGGAGCGUGUCGGCGCAGGGCGCCGCCGUGGCCGAGUUCCACAUGGACCACGAGGGCGGGGCGUACUACGAGGUGAGCACCGACCAGGCGAGCAUGCCCGUCCGCGUUUCCGUCACCCCGCACGGCAGCCCGCUGCAGGGCCACUGCCCCACCGCCGGGUGCGACACCGGCAACCACUGCUUCGAGCACUCCGUCGCCGGCGGCAACUGCCACGGCGUCACCGAGAUCAAGAUCGUCUACUACAACCCAUAGGUCCAUGUCGAUCGACCACCUACCUAGCUGCUUCCUGCACUGACGAAAAAAGAUUCCCCCCCGCUUGCUGCACUUACUAGCUACUGUUUAUUGCUGCAGCUAAUUAUAAGCUCGAUCGUCAGUGGGUAUCUAUCAUGUGUUCCGAAGAGGUUGCACCAUCGUCAAUCGUGU